GUCCAGGACGCCGGGAGAGCUUCCCCCUCAGACAAGAGCUGCAGGCUGGAGGGAAAGCGACAGCUUAGCAGCCCAGGAUCUCCAGCUGCCCUCAGGGGGAAGACAUUAAGACCCAGCAAGAGAGACGAAGUGAGAGAUUCCUCUCUGCAUUGGCACAAUGCGCACUCUCAUCAUCUUUACACUUCUGGCUGUCUUGCUGAUGGCUGCUACUUGCUAUGAGUCCCAUGAGAGCAUGGAAUCCCAUGAGUAUCUCAAUCCCUUCAUCAACAGGCGAAGGGCCAGUGACUUCAUACAGGCUGACACGAGACUAGAAGCCAUUUCUCAGGAGAGGAUCAGGGAACGUAUUAAGGCACCCCAGGAACGUCAGAGGGAGAUCUGCGAGGACUACUACCCCUGCGAACUGUACGCUUUUCGCCAUGGCUAUGCUGCUGCUUACAGGCACUAUUUUGGGAGGAGGAGGACUAAGUAAAGGAUGACCUGUUCCCCACCCUGGGGCCUGGAGCCCAGGGUAUCCUCCCAAAAAAUGCAAUGGCUCUGAAACAUAUUCAGUUGCUUGUGUCCCUGUAUGUUAUCCUGCCUGCUGCUUCUCUCCCAUGUAGCCAUGGAUUCCUACACUGUGUUAAUUAGCGCUGAGCUGAUGUAGCAGAGAUCAGAGAGAGUUCAGGAUGUCGGUGUUUACUACACAAUAAACUGCUGGUUUGAUACUAUC